ACUGGGCUGGCGUAUAAAAGGAGAGCAGGUCAAGCCUGUGCACUCAGCAAUGGUGACUAUGUGGUGGCCCUGCCUUGUCUUGGCCCUGCUCUCUGGCUUGGAGACCUCCGGCUUCCAGAGAAGCCCCCUCCGGCUGCUAGGGAAACGGAGCCUCCGGGAAGGGGUGGUUGAUGGCAUUGAGGUCUACAGUACCAAGAUCAGCUGCAAGGUGACCUCCCGCUUUGCUCACAAUGUCGUCACCACGAGGGCUGUCAAUCGUGCAGACAACGCCAAGGAAGUCUCCUUCGAUGUGGAACUGCCCAAGACAGCCUUCAUUACCAACUUCACCUUGACCAUUGAUGGUGUCACCUACCCUGGGACCAUCAAGGAGAAAGAAGUUGCCCAGAAGCAGUAUGAAAAGGCUGUGUCCCAGGGCAAGACAGCUGGUUUGGUCAAGGCCUCUGGGAGGAAACUGGAGAAGUUCACAGUGUCCGUCAACGUGGCUGCCGGCAGCAAGGUCACCUUUGAGCUAACCUAUGAAGAGCUGCUCAAGAGGCACAAGGGCAAAUACGAGAUGUACAUUAAGGUCCAGCCCAAGCAACUGGUCAGACACUUUGAGAUUGAUGCACACAUCUUCGAGCCGCAGGGCAUCAGCAUGCUGGAUGCUGAGGCCUCGUUCAUCACUAAUGACCUCCUGGGAAGUGCCCUCACCAAGUCCUUCUCAGGGAAAAAGGGCCACGUGUCUUUCAAGCCCAGCUUAGACCAACAGCGCUCAUGCCCGACGUGUACAGACUCCCUCCUCAACGGGGACUUCACCAUCGUCUAUGACGUGAACAGAGAGUCUCCAGGCAACGUGCAGGUCGUCAAUGGCUACUUUGUGCACUUCUUCGCACCUCAAGGCCUCCCAGUGGUGCCUAAGAACAUAGUCUUUGUGAUUGAUAUCAGCGGCUCCAUGGCUGGUCGGAAAAUCCAUCAGACCAGAGACGCCCUUCUCAAAAUCCUGGAUGACAUGAAAGAAGAUGACUAUCUGAAUUUCAUUUUGUUCAGCACCGGUGUAACCACCUGGAAAGACAGCCUAGUUCAGGCUACCCCUGCAAACCUUGAAGAGGCCAGGAUGUUUGUGAAGAACAUUCGUGAUGAAGGAAUGACCAACAUUAAUGAUGGGCUGCUGAGGGGCGUCCAUAUGCUGAAAGAUGCCCGGGAGCGGCACCUUGUCCCAGAGAGGAGCACCUCCAUCCUCAUCAUGUUGACAGACGGAGAUGCCAAUACUGGUGAGAGCAGACCUCAAAAGAUCCAGGAGAAUGUCCGGAAUGCCAUCGGGGGCAAGUUCCCUUUGUAUAACCUGGGCUUUGGCAACAACCUGAAUUACAAUUUCCUGGAGACUAUGGCCCUGGAGAAUAAUGGGCUUGCCCGGCGCAUUUAUGAAGAUUCUGAUGCCAACUUACAGCUGCAGGGCUUCUAUGAGGAGGUGGCUAACCCACUGCUGACGAACGUGGAGGUGGAGUAUCCCGAGAACGCCAUCCUGGACCUCACCAAAAACAAUUACCCCCACUUCUACGACGGCUCUGAGAUUGUUGUAGCCGGACGCCUAGUGGACAGCGACAUGAACAACUUUAAAGCAGAAGUGAAGGGCCAUGGGGCCUUGGAUGACCUGACCUUCACAAAGGAAGUGGACAUGAAGGAAAUGGACGCAGCUCUGAAGGAGCAAGGCUACAUUUUUGGGAACUACAUUGAGCGGCUCUGGGCUUACCUCACUAUAGAGCAGUUACUGGAGAGACGCAAGAAUGCCUUCGGGGAAGAGAAGGAGAACCUCACAGCCCAGGCGCUGGAGCUGUCCCUCAAGUAUCACUUUGUGACUCCACUGACCUCCAUGGUGGUGACCAAGCCUGAGGACAACGAGGACCAGACAUCCAUUGCAGACAAGCCUGGGGAAGCCACCUCUGUGACCCCAUCCAUGGCCUACUUGACCCAACAACCGUCUUUUCCAAACCCCUACUAUUAUGUGGAUGGGGACCCGCACUUCAUCAUCCACGUCCCAGGAAAAAAUGACACUAUCUGCUUCAACAUUGACGAGAAGCCUGGCACCGUGCUGCGCCUUAUUCAGGACCCAGUCACAGGCAUCACCGUGACUGGACAGAUCAUCGGAGACAAGGGAAGUGGCCCUUCCUCCGGGACAGGGAAAACCUAUUUUGGCAAACUGGGCAUUACCAAUGCUUGGAUGGACUUCCGGAUUGAGGUGACCACAGAGAAGAUCAUUCUGGGGAAUGGGGAAGCACUGAGCACGUUCCGUUGGCUAGACACAGUCACAGUCACACAGACUGGGCUGUCUGUAACAAUCAACAGGAAGAAGAAUAUGGUGGUCUCCUUUGGAGACGGAGUUAACUUUGUGAUCGUCCUACACCAGGUUUGGAAGAAACAUCCGGUUCACCAGGACUUCCUAGGGUUCUACGUGGUGGACAGUCACCGGAUGUCAGCACAGACACAUGGGCUGCUGGGCCAAUUCUUCCGCCCUUUUGACUUCGAAGUGUUUGACAUCCGCCCAGGCUCUGACCCCACAAAGCCAGAUGCCACAAUGGUGGUGAAGAGCCACCGGCUGACUGUCACCAGGGGCUCCCAGAAAGAUUACAGGAAGGAUACCAGUGUUGGCACGAAGGUCCUCUGCUGGUUCGUCCAUAACAAUGGAGAAGGGUUAAUUGAUGGUGUCCACACGGACUAUAUUGUCCCCAGCUUGUUCUGAGUAAACAUACACCUGCUGCUGAAGGGGAAGGCCUGGAUUGUCCGGAAUGAGGGCCCAGAACGGGGCUUGUGGGAAGAGCCGGGACAAUAAAGCCGAGCAUGCAAACCAA